UAUGGCCUAGAUAUUGACAAUUAUUUAUUGGUUUUAUUAGUUGUGACAAACAUUUCCAAACCUCACCUAAACAGUCUGGCCUGGAUUUGUCUCACCGGAAGCUGGCGAAAAAGGACAAAGUUUUGACUGAGGUUGAAGCUGUUGUCCAGCACACACUACUUCCCUCCCUGUAUGAGGAGCCCAUUGGAGUGGAGAGCUUGAGGGUCUACCUGGUUCUCCCUGAGCUCCUCAGGGUCCUUCACAAACAGCACAGAAGGACAGAUCUCACCGAAGCCGUUGCUGCUGCUCUCCUCAGACUGCACCCCGACAAGCUGCAGGUCCUCGGUGACUGCUGGUCCUCAUUGACGCCAUCUGUCAUGACCAAGCACAUUGGGGUGUGGAAGAAGGCCCUGUCGGGGAUUCUGAGGAGUGAACAUAUUCUACGCACUCGUGACCCUGGGAUCAAACACCUGCUCCAGGUCCUCGGYCAUCUCCACAGAGCAAACCAGAAAUCUGUAGAGACCCAGACAGUUCCAGACAGUACCUUUUGUAUGGAGGAGGUUCACUUCAAUCCCAAAUUUCUAGAGGAGGAUGUAAAGCUUUGGCGUUUAUGGUCAAAGCAGGAUGUGGAUCAGACACCUGCCAUCUUUUGUCGUUACCCAUUCUUGAUGAACCUGCAGAGCAAGAUAAAUGUUUUUAACAUCAAUGCCGCACUUACACAGAGGACUGGCAUGGGGCCUUUUGACAUGUUCCUCAUGGCGGCGCCUGCUCCGUUCUUUGAGCUGAGGCUGAAUAGAGCAUCACUCRUCGAAGACACUUUCCAUCAACUGAGUGUAGCAUGUCCCAGUACCUUCAAGAGGUCCCUUGUGGUGUAUUUUGACGAGGAUGCGAAGCUGACAGAUGUCUACAAAAGGGACUUCUUCCUCCAUUUGUUUAAAAAGCUGUUGGUCCCUGAGUCUGGGAUGUUCAUGUACAACGACACCGAGACGCUGGCCUGGUUCCCUGCAAUGCCUAGAGUGGCGGAGAAGCGUUAUUUCCUGUUUGGGGUUCUGUGUGGGAUGGCCCUGUACAACAACAACAUGGUGCACCUCCCCUUCCCCAUGGCCUUCUUCAAGAAGCUGGUGAACAUCAAGCCCUCUUUAGAGGACCUGAGAGAGUUUAGCCCCAUUGAAGCAAAGGGUUUGCAGAACAUCUUGGAUUCCUGAUGAUGAUGUUGAAAACAUGGACAGGACUUUCUCAGUGAUGUGGGGUGAUGUAGCGGUGGAACUUGAUCCCAAAGAAACUGGAAAACUUGUCACAAGUGCUAAUAAGAAGGAGUUUGUUGACACCUAUGUGAACUACAUCUUCAACCAGUCAGUAGAGGUGGUGUUUGAAGAGUUCAGGAAGGCUUCUUCAAGGUGUGUGACAUGGACGUGGUGGAGUUCUUCCAGCCAGAGGAACUGAGGGGAGUGAUGGUGGGGAAGGAGAUUUCGACUGGGAGACGCUGAAACAGAACACUGUGUAUGAAGGAGAGUACCAUGCUGGGCAUCCAACAUCGUCACAUUCUGGGAGGUGUUUGAGGAACUGACAGAGGAUCAAAAGAAAGCAUUCCUGUUGUUCCUGACUGGCUUGAUCGUGUGCCCAUCCUGGGUAUGAACCAGAUCAGGAUGAGGGUCCAAACCCUUCUCAACUCCUCCCAACAGCAUUUCCCAGAGGCGCUGACCUGUCACUCUCUGUUGCAGCUGCCCAU